CGCGCGCACACACACACACACACGCGCGCGCGCGCCCGCCGUGUGACGUGUUUGCGGAGCGGAGAGUGGGAGCUCCCACUCGCAGAGACGCGCAUGGAGAGCGUCACGCGCACUGUCCGCGAGCGGGCGGGCGAUGGCGGGGAGGAGAUGAGGGGCUUCGUGCUGAGCCUCACCAGUUCAGGAGGGCUUCUCAAUAAUGGGACUUUGACAGUUUACACGGAAGAAAUGUCCACAACCGCAAGUCCAACCAUCCCCUCCUCACAGCUGACCUCGGAUCAGCUCACUGUGGUCGCCGCGUCGUUUUCUUCCCUGGUGUUCUUUGUGGUCAUCGUGGUGCUGCUGUCCAUUCUUUACCGCAACGAUCUUCAGUGCUGCAAACUCUGCUCCCAUCGGGGGCCACGUGCAGAUAUGGACGCUCCUCCGCAGUAUUACAGCAGCAGACAGACGCUGGUGGGAUCCCCUUGUCUUGAGCCCACUCACACCGUGGAUGACAGGACUCAGGCGGGUCAGCUGUUCUACGUCGGCCUGCCCUCCAGCUACAGCCUGCCCACGCUGGAAGCCCCCCUGCCGAGGCUCCCCUCCUACGAGAGCGUCCGAAAGAAGGACCGCCAGAGGCAGAUCCACAUGAUGAUCGCGGACCGCUUCGGCCUCAAUGGACCCAUUGUGACCGAGCCUCCACCCACAUACGAAGAGAGCCUCCGCCACUCUGUGGAGCUGCCGUGCGACAUCCUGCCAUCCAUCCGGGACGUCUCCCUUCCUCGGAGUGUCUGCACCAGCAGCACUGUUCUACCUGUGUAGCAAGCUGCUCCAGGCAGCUUUGUAUAGUGAGGAAGUCACCAAAAGAAAACCACACACACACACACACACACACGACUCGUAGAGGACGGGAUCUCGGCUGGAGGCCUCGCGCGAGCCGAUUCGUUUAGCUCCGGACUCGAGGCCAGAGGACACGCUGAGAGACGGAGGACGGAGAACCAAAGAGGAGCAUCGGGGGAAGGAGAGCGACGGGUACUGUGCUCUACCACGCUGAUGAAUUUCCAUCAGCGGGUAUUCGUACUUACCGAGGUGGCUGGAACACCUUGAAGAGGAGAGUCGUGUACUUCAUGAACCCAAAAAGGGAACCACUGUUUACUCUGUUGAUUAAAGUGUCAGUGAAGAGCUUUCCACUCUUUUAUGGUGCUGCUCCUGAGCCAGAAGCCUCAUUGUCAGGUUGGUAAUGUUAUCAGACACCCAUUAGUCCGAGGCCGAGCCGCGAUGCGUUAGGAAAAGGUGCUGAUGAGAGUGCCUUUGUGAAGCUAUUAUGAGACACAUGUUGUUGUUGUUGUUUUUACCACUUUUGCCUUUUUUUUUACAGAGCUUGUGUUUUUUUUCCAGGAAGAUGGUAUUGUUGAUUCUUUCUGACUUAUUUAUAGCCACAGGUGCAUUGAUUUGUUCUGUUCUCUGAAAGGCGACGAGGAGCAGCGUGAAGGGGAGUGAUUGUAAAAUAAAUACAGUAACAAGGCCCUUGUGAAGAUGCACGAGUCCAACACUGGGGUUUUGGUUGUCAUUGGAUACAGACUACUGAUCUGAGGUCUGUGGUGUUUCAAACUGCUGUAUGUUUCACUGGGAGCAACUGGGAUCGUCCUUUCAGGUGGAAGAAAACAUCAAGCUUGAGUUGCUUUUUAUUUUUUUUCAACCCAUCAUGCACAAACACUCAACGCUUGUACCGCAUUUAUUGAGGAGAUCAUGGCGACUCCACAAUAAUAUUUCUGAAACCAUUUAAAAUAAAUCCUUUGUUGUCAUCGAUGAUA